AUGAAACCCGGCCAAACAUGGCGAACAGCCAUAGUGGCUUCCCUGGCUGCUUUUGGUUCUUUAGCAACAGCGGCAGACAUAUGCUCCAAGCUCGAUCAGCAAGGCAUAGCAAUCGAAAAUCGUUUGACCAUUUCGUUCCUCAAGGUUCUGAAGGACUACUGGUCCACCGCGUGCGGUAAUCUUCGCCCAACAUGUAUCGCCUCCCCCAAGAGCGCUCUGGAGAUGUCUCAGAUCGUCAAGGAGCUCCAUGAUGUUGAUACCUUGUUUGCGGUCAAGUCCGGUGGACACAUGCCCAACAAUGGCUUCGCCAGCAUUCAGGACGGGCUCCUCAUCACCACCCAGAACCUUGACAAUGUCAUCUAUAAUGCCGAGGAUCAGACCGCUAUUAUCGGGCCGGGGCUUUCUUGGGAAGAUGCACAGAAGGGCCUGGAUGGAACUGGUCGGACCCUUGUUGGUGGUCGCCUGGGGGGUGUGGGUGUGGGUGGAUAUAUGCUUGGAGGUGGGCUGAGCUUCUUGAGCUCUCAGUAUGGCUGGGCAGCGAAUAACGUCAUUAACUUCGAGGUCGUUCUGGCCAACGGCACCAUUGUGAACGCAAACGAGAAGGAAAACACCGAUCUCUUCGCAGCCCUCAAGGGAGGUGGAAACAACUUCGGCAUUGUCACGGCUUAUACCCUCCAGACACAUCCAAUGGACCAUAAGGUCUGGGGAGGGAACUACGUCUUCAGUGCGGACAAGACGCCUCAAAUUCUCGAAGCCAUCCGUGACUUCACCGAAAACUACCCCGAUGACAAGGCCGCCAUCAUCGUGACGGCUGAGCAUGCCGCGCUUAUCAACACAUGGAUCAUGUUCCUCUUCUACGACGGACCGGAGCCUCCGCAGGGCGUCUUCGAUCGAUUCAAGGCCAUUGGGCCAUUGGACACGACCAAGACGUGGGAUAGCUACUACGAUUUGCUCAAACACAACGACCUCUUCAUCUUGAAGGGCCAACGGUAUACCAUCGCAACGGAAACAACACCGGUUCCUAACAAAACAGUCGGCGCAGAGGUCAUGCAAACGUACUACGACCAUUGGUUUAACAUCACAAAUACGGUCCUGGGCGUCCCGAAUAUGAUUGGCUCCAUCGCAUUCCAGCCGAUGCCCAGAACGAUCGCGCAAAAAGCUCAGGCCCGUGGCGGAGACCUUAUCAACUUUCCCACUGAUCAGGAUUAUCUCGUUAUCGAAUUGGACUUCUCCUAUGCCUUCUCGGCAAGUGACGAGAAGAUCGACGCUGCGAACAAAAACCUGUUCAAUGGGUUCGAUAGGAUUAUUUCGAACUACAUUGACGAAGGCGUGCUACCAGACGUCUACAGGCCGUUGUUCAUGAACGACGCGAACUACGCGCAAGAUUACUGGAGCCGUCUGGGCUCGACUGAGCAGGCACGCGAGACAAGAAAGAAGUAUGAUCCCGAGUUAUUCUUCCAGAAGCGGACGAGUGGAGGGUUCAGGCUUGGAUGA